UGCAAUAACAUACCACCUUCUUCUUCAUCAUCAUCUUCCUUCCCCUCUCUCUCUCUCUCUCUUCACUUUAUCAGUAUUCCCGUGCAUAUCCUCCAGACUCCCACCCACCUCCCAACUAUACUCUCAACCUCCAACACCUUACCUAUAACCUACUGCUGUUGUUGUUAGUUCUUAGCUCAACAGUAAAUCCUCCUAAAAAGCAAAAAACAAAAUGGCAGCAGCCUGUGGAAGCCUCAAACACAUGUUUGACAACCCAUUGCCUGAAAAUCCCACCCUUCUUGAAUCCCUAUCAUCUUCUCUCAAACAGAUUCAAUCCAUGAACCCCCUCCAAGAUUCCUCCUUAACCGAGAUCUUUGGCGAGCUACAUUUCAAAGAACAUCAUUCCUCCUCCUCCCCUCUGUCUUCUUCUGCUUCAUCUUCUUCUUUGUUCUCUGUAGAUACACAUACACAGAAUCCCCAGUGGCUUGAUAAGGAAAAAACCCCGAAUCACAGUGACUCCACGAGCUAUUAUCAUCAGUACAAACAUGGGGGUCAUCAUGACUUCUCUUCCAAGAACUCAGAUAGUUUAUCAUUGUGCACUGAAGGGCUUGGGUUCGAGAGCUCUGAUGAUAUUGAGGACUCGAACGACGUGGACCAUGAUUGGCUAGUAAGCAAAGAAAGGCCAAGUUUCUCGAGGCAUGAACUGAAAAGAUCAAGACUUGGUAAAGGGCCAUUCCCUCCUCCCAUCUCUAGUAUUGGCAGGAGUGGAAAACCCUGGGUUUGCUUCAGAUCAUUUCGAGAAGAUGGGAGGUUCAUUCUCAAGGAGAUAAGAAUUCCCACUCAAGAGUUCCUGCGUGCAUGUAGAGAAGACGGCCGUUUAAAGCUGCAACUUAUUCAAUCAGAUGAUGAAAUCCCCGAGGAUGAAGAAGAAGAAGAAGAACAAGAAGAUGAUAAUGACACUGAGGAUAUUCAGGAAGUAAAAGAUGAUGAUUUCCAGGCCGAGGGAAAUGAUAGAGAAGAAGAAAAUAUAAGGAAUCAGCAAUAAAGAUGUUGGAAACUGGUAAUAGAAAAGCUUCCAGGCCGGGU